UUGUCAACAAUGUCAGCUGACGACGUCAGUUGUGAGAGGAACUGAUCACAAGACCUCCCUGGAUGCCAUUACCUCUCACUCUUUACGACACAAUUCUUUUAGCUGUUGUUCGUUAACGCAUUGUGGCACUGGUAAACCUCGAGAAAACACUCGAAAUGUUCCUGUGGAGGAAAUUUAUUGGAAGUAAGGAGAAGGAUGAAGAGAUUAUUGCCAAGAUGGAAUCUUUCAUCGAGGAGCAAGGAAAGUUGGAAGUGGAGAAGAUAGAGAAAGAGACUGAGGAGCAGUGCCAGCUAGACAAGGCCACUCUCGUCACUCAAGGUGUGCAGGAUCUCAACUGCGAGUACGAGAAGAAGGAGAAGAUGCUGAAGUUUCGUUUGAGUGGUUAUGAGCGUCAGCUAAAGAGGCAGAGUCAUAUGGAAGUGAUAACGAAGAAGGCUGAACAAAUGGAGAGGGUGAAGGAGCUGGCAUGGCUGAAGUUGCUCAAGUCUUUAACGGAGCCUCUGGUUUACCCAAAAAUCUUCCUCAAUAUCCUAGCUGCGGGGAUGUGCAAGAUGAAUGAAUCACGCAUAUUUAUACGUAUCAGAGAAGCCGAUACGGACAUUGUACAGACGUACUUAUCCCAUGCGCUUACUGAAUACGAAAUAGAAUCCGGCCGGAAAUGCAAGGUGAACAUCCAUUCUGAGUGGCUCUCACCUGACUGUGCUGGUGGAGCCGAGUUUCUCUCAGUGAAUGAAAAAAUCUGGUACCGAUUGACGUUAGAGACCCAGUUCGCAGCCAUCUUGGAGAAGAACCAAGCGGAAUUUGUGACACUACUGUUCGGUCUCAGGAAGGAACACUACACCUCGCAACUCAGGAAGUAACAACGCUACACCUCGUAACUCAGGAAGUAAUAACGCUACACCUCGUAACUCAGGAAGUAACAACGCUACACCCUGUAACUCGGGAAGUAACAACUCUACACCUCGUAACUCAGGAAGUAACAACGGUACACCUCGUAACUCAGGAAGUAACAACGGUACACCUCGUAACUCAGGAAGUAACAACGGUACACCUCGCAGCUCAGGAAGUAAAGAAAACUGGCAUCAAGAAGCUUAGAAUGUUGUCUACUAAUCCCAGUCAGUAUUUUAUUCUUUUCCUCAAACUUUAUCAAAAUAAAAGAUCACCUAUAACUCAUAAAUAGAAAAAAAAAAGGAAAGAAAUUAACAAUCUAGUGUCUCUUUGACCAUAUUUGUUAAAGUUCUCCCGUCCAGCACAACUGAAGCAUUCUAUUUUUAUGUUAUAAUUUUCACAGUGCACUUUCAACCUAAUUAUAUUUCCACCAUUUUGCGUUAAAAUAACUAAUGACAAAUAUAUUUUCUCCUUAUAGCAGUACGGUAUAUGUAUGCGGAUUACCAUGUUAUGGAUUUGAGUAAGAUCUGGAACUUUCAAUACAUUAAUGAGAUUUCUUUCA